AUGACUUCAAGGAGAUCCAACUCUCGCGAUUCCGAUAGGGUACGGACUCGAACUGGUAGUGCCAACGCGCAUUGUAUUCGAUCCGGAGAUGUGAGUGAUGCACUCACAGAAGUUCUUCGUGAGGAGACCCCACUUCCGCGGCCUUCAACCCAAGGGGUCGAAGAUCCCGAGGGUGAAAAAUCUGUGGCUCGCGUUAAGUCGAGUAGCCCAACGGGUUCGGAGGGGCGUGAUCGUCCUCCAAAGAAGGCUAAAACGAAUGGCUCGGAUCGCCAUCAUUGUGUUUCGGGAGAGGCGGCUGUUGCUAAGCCGUUUCAUUGGCAGUUUUCGCAUUCUAAGGAUCCAGAUAGUGUUGCUCAUCUGGUGAGGCACUUCAAACCUGCUGGAUGUCCGCUUCCCUCUCUGCGUAAUAUCACAGAGCGCGAGGCUUACGUAAAGAUGGUUGUAGCCCAUGCCAAGGUCGUUCCCUUUGGAAUUCAGUCUUUGUCGAAUCUUUGGUUCGUUUUGUCCGUCGUUCGUGAGCUAAAGCCUGGUCUAAAGAUGGCUCAAGACCGGGAGCGUGCCAAUGCUGCUCAACUGGCUGCCGCUGAAAAGCUGGGGGAUCAGGCUGCUUCGUUCGAAGCUCGUCUGCGAGUUAUGAGUAACGAAAGGAAGUCGGCUCUCGAGCAAGUGUCCUUCUUGGAGGAGAAAUGGGAAAAGAAGAAGGUUGCAACUGAUUGUGAGGCUCGUCUUUGGGAAGUCAUGGCAAAUAUAGAUCUCUUGAAGGAGAUCAUGGGCAACAAUCUCCUAGCUUCGGAUGAGUUGUCGUGGCUUCGAGCGAAAGAGAUCGAGCUUAGGUCGGAGGUCGAUGUGACGGCGACUUCGGAUUUCUCCGUUGGAAAGCUCGAUCUGUCUCAUAUCUCGGAGGAUCUGCCAGAGGAUUUCUUCGAUAAGGUUUCUUCUGCGGUGGAUGACGCGGUGAGGUGUUCGGGUGAUCGCUUUGAGGAUGGUGAAUUUAGCAUCGAAGAGUAG